AUGAACAUUAGGGAACACAUUGCAAUUUUGGUGGAAAAGCAUCCGAACCUAUGGUUGCCAUCGCAUGAUGACUAUCACGAUAAGGACGUACGCGCAGCCACAUGGAAUAAAAUUGUCGAUUUGUUGCUUGAACGUGGUAUAGCGGCUGAUUUAGAUGAUGUGAAAGCGAAAUGGAAGGCCAUGCGCAGUGGCUACAUGAAGUGCCGUAAAGGAAAAUCAGGACAAGCAGCCACCUGCACAGGAAUUUUCAGAUAUCUGACAUUUUUGGAUCAAGCUGAAGUGGACGCGCCGCGAGUUUCGAAUUUAAAUCUGAGCGAUGAGGAGCACGUGAACGACGAAAACGAUUUUCCAUCGACUAGUUCUCAAUACGAAUCAACGAACCGAAAGAGGCCCGUUGAAGAAAUCGAGAUACCGCUACUUGGACAGCCUUCUGAAAAGAGAAAGACCCACACCCCGAAAAGAUCCCGAAUGGUUGACAUGUGUGAUGAAGAUAGAGGUGCUCUGCGCGAUGCGAUAAACACAGUUAAAGAAAGGGUGGAGGCGGUCAGAAAGAAUGACAAAUACGAUACGUUUGGUAUUUUCGUGGCUCAAAAUCUGAGAGAUAUGGGCGAAGUAAAAGCGCAAGAGAAGAUACAUGUCAUAGUAACGUCUCUGGUGACAGAAGUUAGACAUGUCACUACACCGGAGGAAUUUCGCCAGUGCGUGGAAGAGGCAUAUCGAUCUAAGAGCAGUCUCCCAAUCCAAGUAGUCAAGCACUACGAAGACAAUGUAAGAGAACCAUCUCCCGAAGAAUGA